CGUCGGGAAUGGACUCUUGUUGAGUACUCAGAGUACGCUUAGUAGGACAAAUGACUUUUUAGAUAGCAACAAUACGGUGAAUCAGCUGCGAAUUAAGCUAGAAAUACAUGAGGCCCUGCCCAAUCUCGUAGUGAAUGUUUUCUUCACCAUAGAUUCAUCUCUCAAACCAAACGACAAACAGCCAGGUUCUGUAAUUUCCUUGUUUCCUUUUUUCCUUCUAUCUCCUUUCUGUGUCUCUCUGUCUCUCUAUCUUUCUAUCUAUCUAUCUAUUUCUUUCUUUUUUUUCUAUUUUUUUCUUCUAAAUUCAGAAUCAUGCCUUACAUUCACAACGAGAUGAUCGACCCGAGGCUGCGAGAGCAUAUCGAGGCUCUCAAGCGGUCCAGCCUCAGCCGUGGAACUCUUCUUGACUUACUUCUCGAGGCACCUCACGAGCACGAAAGUCCGCAAAUCAGGUCGGACGCCUGGUACCUGACAUCAUCUUCUUCAGAAACUCUAGACGUAAUACCUUUAGAUGCACCCGAAAUUUUUAACAAGGGAUCCGAUGAACCAGAGAAAGGGCUUAUUGCUCCUCCCGAUGUUGUCCCAGAUGGUGGGAUGAGAGCUUGGUUGGUGGUAGCGGGUGGAUUCAUAAAUUACUGUGCCACGUUCGGUUUACUUAACUCUUUCGGUACUUUCCAGACAUUUUACCAAGAAGGCUAUCUAGCGGGAAGCAGCGCCAGCGCUAUCUCAUGGAUAGGUUCAGUUCAGCUUUUCUUACUGUUUAUCGGAGGAAUGGUGAUCGGACCGGCUUUCGACAAAUACGGAGCCAGAAAACUAACAAUUCCCGGAUCCAUACUUUACGUUCUUUCCUUUAUGUUCAUCAGUCUAGGGACCAAGUUUUACCAGAUCUUACUAGCGCAGGGCAUAUUAUAUGGCAUUGCUGAUGCUAUGCUGUUUUACCCGACAAUCUCUUCGAUUAACCAAUGGUUUAGCACAAAGCGAGGUCUCGCUCUAGGAAUCGUCGUGUCCGGUUCCUCUAUCGGCGGUAUCUGCUGGCCCAUUCUAAUUGAGCGUCUCUUCAAGAUUGUCGGCUUUGGGUGGACUUGCCGAAUUUGUGGUUUCAUUUGCCUAGGUCUUUUAUCAGUCUCUACAGCACUAAUUGUUGAACGAAAAUCCACUGGCGGCGGCCACGGACCUAUUAACAAUGCCAGUCUCAAGAAGGAACUCUCUAACGCCACUUACCUCAUCAUGACAGUAGGUUUCCUAUUCGCUUUCUUAGGAAUGUUCAUUCCCUUUUACUACCUUCCCGGUUACGGUAUGGCUCAUGGUAUCGACCCUACGAUGUCGAACUACCUUCUCGCCAUUCUUAACGGUGGAUCUUUCCUCGGACGUAUCGGUUCUGGUUUUAUGUCGGACAGGAUAGGAGUUUUCAACAUUACGACGAUUGUUGCCACGCUUUCCAGUGUCAUGGUUCUCGCCCUUAUGGCCAUGACAACGCAGAACACGAUCAUUGUAUUUUCAGCUCUUUACGGUUUCUUCUCGGGUGGUCUGAUUUCUUUACAAUCCGGCGCUGUCGCGAAGCUCACUUCCGACAUGAGUACAGUCGGUAUAAAGAUUGGUGUAACAAUGGCGGUGUGCUCGGUUGGUGUUUUGAUCGGUGGACCGAUAGGAGGAGCCCUAUUAGCGACCGACAACGGCAACUACCAAUAUCUCAUCAUCUUCGCCGGUGUGACGUUGAGUAUUGGAUCGGCAUUAUUCUUGGUUUCUAGGAUUUGGGCUGCGCCUAAAUCUAAGGUGUUUUGAUUUUAAUAAUUUUGAUUUUUUGAUUUUUAUACCCGGGCUAGGAUGUACAAUACGGAAAUAUGGAAGGUGUAUAAUUACCGUGUACUUAUAGAAAUGAGGCUGCAUAAGUUAUCAUGAUGAAUGACAAAGAAGGACUAUC